AUGCCAGCCAAAGAUUUCGCUGAUUUAGUUAUGUUACCACGAGAAUGGCGUCGUGGUGAUGACUGUAUACAGUGGCCACGCACUCACGACUAUUACAACAUUCCAUGGCUUGAAAAUCUUUGGAAAUAUAUCAAUGAAAAGCUUCCCAACGACUUAACACUCCUGGAAAACACCAACAUACUCUAUUUGCAGCCAAGUUCACGACCGUUAGGCUCAGCAUCGAACAAUAACACCAUAUCGUUAUACAAACUAUCGAAGAACAUCGGCCUUAUCCAGCUGCCGACUGUGCCGAGUAAAGAUGAUUUAGCUAUACAAAAAGUGCUUUUGAAACUGAACUUUCACUGUGUUGAACCCUUUCCCGAAAUCAUCCGUCGGCAUAAACUAAUCGAAGAGUAUGUUCCUCAGCUCUCAUGCUUAGGUUUAUUGCAAAUUCUCAAAUGUCGCCUAAGACAUUUUACUCAAUUGAAGAUUCAACAUGAAUUCAAUACACUAUUAAACGAACAUGAUAUGAAAUUACUUCGACAAUAUCUAUCACGUAUUAUGACACAACAAUUAGAUGAUUCAAACAUUCAAUGUAUUAAACAACUGCCCAUUUUUGAUAAUGCCUAUGUCAUUCAUGAAAGUAAUCACCAUACACAAGCCCAAAACCAACAACAAUAUUAUAAAUACAUUAGUUUGAAUAAUAUUUUAUACAUUUAUGAAUCUGGGACGAAACUACCAAUUGAUUUACAACCACCGAAACAGUGUAUUCAUGUAACGGAUAGUGAUUCACGUAUUCUAUUGGAUAAAUUAGGCUAUGUCAUACAUGAUUUUACACAUGUGGCAAGAUAUUUAAUCACAGCAAUCGGCCAUCAGCAACAAUCGAAUAUUCAACAGCAACAGAAUGCAACGAAUAUCAAUCUAAAAAAUGAUCAACAUAAAAUGUUAUUCCUAGGAAAGUGGUUACUAUCGAACUGUUCGAAUUUGAUCUUGAGCGAUGCUGUUAGUCAAGAUACCUUAUCAUCGUGUCGGUUAUUUCUCAAUCGAAAAGGGGAACUAUGUUCGUGCCAACAAAUGUUCGAUCCGUCAUCAUUUCACGUAAAUAAUAAAGAAAAAUAUUUAAGUCUAUUCGAAUUAAAAUACCUUCCCGCAAUCGAACUAUGCAGUGUACAUGAAUCGUUAACACUAUUAAAACAUUUGAAAUUACGCCAGUUUUACGAUAUCAAAUGCGAUGAAUUGAUCGACAUAUGCGAAGGGACAAUGAAAGAAUCAUCAUCAUCAACAGCCGGCAAACGUUCAUUGAUGUUGUUACUAGCUGAAUUUAUCAUCGAUAUUUUACAUCAGAAUUCGAAAUUAAUCGAAGAAUAUUCGCAAUCGAAACGGCUCAGUCUGAAACAAUAUUUGAAUAUCACAGCUUGGAUGCCAGUUAUGAUUGAAAGACCACAUGGUUAUCCAUUGUCAUUAACAUGGCAAGUGGAACGAUCAACAAUGUCAUCGGUUAUUGUAAACAAUCUAAUUAAUUCGUAUCUUCUAGGUUCGAUCGAUACUCGUCGAUCAUUCGUUAAUCCACGCGAAAUUUGUGAUAAGACAAAUGCGUAUCUCGUAGGCGGUGUAGCUUUGGUUUCAUCGAUUGAUCUUCCAGAAUCGUUUUAUCAUACAACACGUUCAUCGAAUCGAACAAUACUUGACUUCCGUGAAAUUAAACUUGACCUAUUGAUCAAACAAUUGAAAUGCUUAGUUCUGUGUUAUCAAAAAAGUUCAGCCCAUGAACAAAAAAACGAAACAUUCGAUUAUCUGAAUCUAUGCAAACGUCUCUAUGAUACAUUGACACAUUUUACUAAUACGAAUGAUAUACACAACGAAAUGCGCAAGUGUAAUCUAACUGAAUGGAUAUGGAAUGGCACGAAUGGAUUUUCGUCGACGAAUCAGAUUUAUCUUGUCGACAAAACACAUCCACUAGCAUCGUAUAUACAAAUUCUUCCAUAUGAAUUAUACAGCUAUCGGAAAUUCUUCGAAUCCAUGGGAGUGAAAAGUCAACCGGAAUCAUCAAAAAUCGAAGAUUUAUUACGAAAUCAUCAUCAACAACCGAUUGACGAGAAUCUCUUUCGAUGGAUUAAAGAAACCUACACAACUGACCGUCGUCUAUUACAAUUGAUCAACGACUUCGAAUUGAAAUCCCAUGCAAAGUCUAACACCAACCACCACCAUCAUCAUCAUCAUCAUCAUCACCAACAACCACAAACAAAUAACAAUAAUAAUUCAAAAAGUAAAAAUCUUCACGACGAGCAAACGCGUAUUACUUUCUCGAGCACACUUGAUUUGUCCGAUGACAAGGUCUAUCUUUAUUUACCAGAUAUAUUCAAUAAGCAAACGAAUAUAAAAGAAACAGUAGUUCAAGCAUUAUCAACCAUAUCGAAAGAGAAGAAGACUCAAUUAUUAACUGAAGAAGAUUUCUUCAUUCGGAAAAUGUCCGGCAGUGAAUACCAGAAGAAUCUCUACGAUCACUAUCGAGCAUACAAUGAUUUACUUCUGCCCAAUUUGAAUGUCCUACCGAAGAAUGUCAAGGAUACGCUGGUUCUAUUCGCAUUGGACAAUGCGGAUAACACAAUGUUGAAUAUUCUCAAGCAACAUUGUUGUAUUCCGUGUACACCAAAUGGCCGAACAUUGAACAAACCAUCGAAAUUAAUUCAUCCUUAUUGCCGUCUAGCAUCGCUCUACUCCGAUAUUGAUUCGUUAUUUCCAUACGGUGGGCAAGAUUCAUAUUUACGAGAAGAUCGGCUCAAUGUUUUGAAAUUACUCGGUAUGAAAUGUGAUGACAACCUUGUAACAUGGCCCGAAUUAGUCGAACGCUGCGAAUCAAUUCAACGUAUGCGUGAUUAUGAUCUUGCCUAUGAACGUUCAGUCGCACUUCUUCAAAUUCUCAAUGAUAUGUUAACGAUGUCGAAUUCCAAUCCGACGAGAACCUUCGACGAGAACGAUGACUCGUCCGAUCGUCGUUCUCGACAAUCGUCGUCGUCGAAUUCACGAGAGAAAUCAACAACGAACUCUUCGUCGUCGAUUUCAAACACACAUGAAGCACUACAUGAUAAAGAAGCGCGCACACGCGCAUCGAUUCAACUUCGCGAAUUAGCAUUCAUUCCAAUUAAACUUCGUCCACAGGAGUUAAAUGGAAUCAAUUUAACGUGGAUGGGUGACAAAUAUUCGAAACGUUUGUUCAAACCACGCGAUGUACUCUCACCCCAAUACGAACAACUCGUUUGUUCAACAUGGCCCAUAGCCGAACAAUCGAAAGCGAAUCAAGAACAAAUUAUCAUAACUAAACAAGUCGAACAUUUUCUUGCACUUGAUGACGCAACGAAGAUCGAAUUGAAUAACAUUCUCAAACAACUCGACGAAAUCUCCAAGUUAUCAAUUGUAAAUAGUUCCGGAACAGUAACGUACAACCAUCAAUUAACGUCGAAAUACAUACUCGACAUGAGCUAUGCGAUUUAUGAUUACAUUCAAGCCUUCUGCUUUCCGCAUUUACAAAAAUCGAAUGAAUUAGAAUUUCGUUCGUCAGCUAUGGGUCCGGAGCAAAUUGAAACCGUUAAAAACGAAAUCCGACAAUUCUUCUCGCAGCGUCGAUUAGUUUACUUCACUGAUACCUCAUCCGUCGAUACGUAUUUGUUUCUUUCUCUCUCUCAGCUAUUAUGGCAAUCACCGAAUCCAUCGUCGAGUAAACAUUCCAAACAUUUAAAGCCUUACUACUAUACAAUACCUGUUUCGUUGCAAAAGACUUAUCGACAUUUCUUCAUUGAUUUACUACAAAUAAAAAAUCAACUGGAUGGAAAGGAUCUUUUGAAUAUCAUCGACCAAAUUCGCAAGAACCUUGUCGUUCUCCUGAUCAUUGCUUACUUUCUGAUUGUAUUUGAAACCAUCGACACAAUUGCCGUUGGUUGUUGUGGUUGCAGUCUAGUUCGCUGUGCAUAA